ACCAAACACAUCUCUCUCUCUCUCUCUCUCUCUCUCUCUCUCUCUCUCUCUCUCACACACACACACACACAUUGAUACACACACAAACCCUAAUUUCAAUUCUCUCCCCAUCUCUGAAACAAUAUCUGGGCUGGACUCUUGGUGCUCUGAAAUGGCAACAAAAGAGGCAAAAAAAGAAGCUAGGAAAGCAGAACAGAAGAAGGCUCCUGAACCCAAAGAAACUCUUCCUCAAGAACAGGACAACCUCCCACUUCUUUCUUACAAGACAUGCAGCUUGGCAGUCUCCAUUCACUGCGAAGGCUGCAAAAGAAAAGUUAAAAAGAUCCUCACCAGCAUAGAAGGUGUUUAUAAGGUAGAUGUCGAUGCGAAGGAGCAUAAGGUAACGGUGAUCGGAACCGUCAAACCGGAGAUUCUGACAAAGAAGCUUCUUAAGGCCGGAAAACUUGCCAAGAUCUUGCCGGAAAACUCCUACCCGAAAGAGAACAAACCGGAAAAACUCGACCCGGUUAACAAAGGUGAAAAGAAAACGAAGAAGAAGAAACAGGAGAAAACCCAACUCGCUGACGACGGAGCUACCACAUCCGGCGGCGGUCGUUGCCACGGAGCUAAACCGGAGACCGGUAAAACCGGCAGCGAGGCUAUUAAACCCCAAACCGGUAAGGAAACCGAGAAAAACGGCGAAUCCGGUAGUCCGGUUAAUGAGGAGAAGACCGAAAACAAGGAGACUGUGAAUGAAGCUGCCGGUGAUCCGUCACCGGCGGCGGAAGGGAGCGGCGAAGCCAAAAAGGCUGAAGCAGGUGGAGACAGCGGCAGUGGCAGUGUAAGUAAAAAGAAGAAAAAUAAGGGUCAGAAGGGUUCUACCAAUACACCUGCCCGCACGAAAUCACUUCGUCCUCCAGUCCCUCAGGCGAAUCAGGACCGUCCAUCUAAUCACAUCGACGGAGAUCAUGUGAUGACCAAUAAUAUUCUGCCACCUCACCAUAUGUAUGCUUAUCCACCGAGUUACUAUGCACCUCCGCCUCAUCCGCCGGUGAUGUACGGUGUGAGCUACCACAUGGCGCAGCCUCCUGCUACCGUAUACGGUGAGUCAUAUUAUACAUCUCCGUAUUCGUACUCGUACAUGCACGCUGGGUCUGCACCGUCCGAUCAAAACCCCUAUCAAUCUCGACCGUCCGAUUCGCUCGAGCCGGUCAACGACGAAAACCCUAGCGUUUGCUCCGUCAUGUAAAUUACCAAAAUGGAUCCUACGGGGAGACUUGGAAUGCUUAUGCAAUUCGCAUGAGUGAUAGUAUUUUGGUAAUUUACGUAAUUUGUCGUAUUUUAAUAGAUAUUAGCUUUUGUUUAAUUGAAUAAUUUAGCUUUCUUUAAGCUUUUGGAAAGCAUCCUCUUCUUUUUUUUCUUCACUUUAUAGUGUUGGCUAAGUAAAAGGAAAGGCUCAAAGUCGUCUUUGCUAUGCUUAGUGCAAUGAGACAUUAUGAUGUGUAAAGUGUAGAAGCUUAUUUGGCAUUUUUGUACUUUUGUUUGCUAAUUGCAAUGAAAUACUUUAUAGUUUUAAUAAAUUGGUGGUUGCAUAGUGA